AUUUGCCAUUUGUGCUCCGGAUGGCAAAUGUAACAGCUCGCCUCGACAGGACUGCGCCUUGACCUAGACUUUGACAAAACACUUUUUGACAAAAGUGAGCAGGGAUACCUUCUACUCUCUACAGCACAUACUUCUGAAUACUAUGGCGUGUUUUGCUGCCUCACUUGGUGUUAUUUUUCUGUUGGGAUUCAUCGACAUUUCAGCAACAAAGGACAUCUGUGAACUCUACGCUGCUGUUGGGCAGCAGAGUCUGACUCUGCCUUUUGUCUAUGAAAGACUGGCAAACUCACAUUUGGUGAAAUGGACUCAUAACAGCACACUCAUAUUCUACAGGGAGCAAGGGAAAGUAUCAGUUGGAAAGCCACAAGACAUCUCUGCAACUGGAUCUCUUUUUCUGAAGAAUCUUCUAUUCUCAAGUGCAGGGACCUACCAAGCAGAGGUGCUUUAUCCCAAUGGCACUUUGGCUAAAAUGUGGACUGGUCGCCUCUGUAUGAUGGAUAAAGUAUCAAAACCUCGACUCAGUUAUGUCUGUGACUUCAAGUUUAAUGCUGUUAAUCUUAACUGCGAUGUUGUCAAACCUCAGGGUUUGGUCUUCUCCUGGACACUUGAUGGAAAGACAUUAACAAGUGAAACAAGACCAACACUGAGCAUCUCUCUGACCCAGCUGAAAGGAGAGGGGAGUUUCACGUGCACUGCAGCAAACAAAGCCAGCAAGGAGAUUAGUGACAUUGUUCGUCCAACCUGUAAAAGUCCACCACCACCACCACCACCACCACCACCACCUAUGCUUUGUUUCACACGCCAGACUGUUGUGGCAGCGUUAGCAGGAGCAGCAGCUCUCAUUCUUCUUUUGCUCAUCAUCACCAUCGUCUCAUGCUGCCGUCACAAGCGCAACAAAACCCACACAAGACACAGGAAUAAAGGGGAACUAAGGAUGCUUUCCGUAAACAAGCGAGAUCCUGACUCCAUUAGCCCAGAGUAUGAAACUAUGCACCCGACUGAGAGCUCUCCGCCCCCGAGCCCCCAGCCUUCACCAAGAGCCUGUUACCAGAAAGUGUCUCAGCCUGAAGUUCAGAGUGAAAACAGACUUCCACAGCUCUCCACAGCUGCUGAAGGACAGAAACCUUCACCGGUGCCAAAGCCAAGGACGAAGAAUCCCCAGACAACAAACAUGUGAACAUACCGUCCUCCCUUACCAUUCCAGGGACUUUCAGGAAAGAAGACAAAAAGCCUUGUAUUGAGCUUGAUGGCAUACAUGAAACAAUUAAAAAAAAAAAAGCACUGAAAAAAACAAGGUAAUUGUCUGUAGUCUUAAUUGACAUAUUCUUUAUCACUUAUUAGUCUGAUGUGAUGUUGUAUAGACACAAUUAUAUGGUGAUUUGGUGCUGUAAAUGUGCAUUUUCCUUCAAAGGUUUAUCUAUGUUGUUUUGCUGUUAAUGCUUAAAAAUGUGUUAUUUUAACUGUUUGGUUUAGCAGAUAUUUUACCUGAUAUGAGAAACUGUGCCAGAUGAGUUUUAACAUUGAUGUAUGUUCAUUAUUGAUUGUUUUAUCUGUUUUAUUAUGACUUCUCUUAGUAUAUCACCUUUGAAUUCUGCACAGUCGAUGCACUUAUAUGAUGCAUAAAGUAAUUUCCAUACAAAUAAGUGAUCUUUUUAAAAGUAUAUUAAGGAAAAGAAAGCGUAGUAUCAAUAGCUACAACAUUGGUGUUGUAUCAGAUUCACAAGGUACAAUAUCUCAUUCAUCAGAAGUACAACAUUGCCAAACUUGUCCUUCAUAAUGUGGAAAUUUGAAGCCAUUUGACCUCUUCUUUAACAGACACAGCUAUCACCGUUUGACCUACUUUUUGUCAGUUUUUUUUAUGGAAUGAAGACUAUUUUUAGCUCCUCUGAUAUUUUUUCACACAUUCCACACAAUUAUCUUUCAAGAUAGCAGUUGUUUUUUCUGUAAUAUCAUCACACUGUAUGCUGACUUAUGUCUGAAAUAAAUAAAGUUGUCAAAUUUGA